AUGACAAGUGAAAACGAAUUAAAUAUUAUUCAAGCAAAUGACAUAAAUGAAAAUAAUGACAUAUCUACAAAUGAAAAAGAAUCAACAGUAUUAAUCAAUCCUAUUAAUGAAACAGUAUUACAAAAAACCGAAGAUGAUAAUGAACAAAUAAAUAUUGAAAAACCAAAACGUGCUGGAAGAAAAAAACGAGAUAUAUCCGAUAUUAAAAAUGAAAAUUUAAAUAAUGAUCCGACAAUUGAUACUCAACCAUUAUUUGAACAGCCAAUUAUUGUUGAAGGAAAACGUUCACGAAAACCAACAUUACGUCUUGAAUUAUCUGAAUUAGCUCCACCGAAAAAAGACAUAUCGAUUCCUCAGGGUCAUGGUAAAUCUUUAGGAGAAAUUGAAUACAUUAAUUAUCAAAUAACGCAUGGAUCAACUGAUGUUUUAUCUCUUAUACGUAAUAUAUGUUUUGGACGACGAGCAAAUAAAUCAAAUAUGCUUGAAAAACUUCGAGAAUUUAAUGGAUUUGACUUUGAAGAAGAUAAUGAUGAAUAUCAACGAUAUUUAAGCAAUAUAAUAAAAUUAAAAAAAGAUCAAUUACAAGCAAUUUCAGAUAUACUUGGUCUACCAACAACUGGUCGUAAUGAUGAACAUGCUGAACGAAUAUUACAAUUUUUAAUGAAACCAGUUGAUGAAGGCAAACCAAUACCGGAACGGAAAAUGUCUAUGCGUACGUUGAAUAAAACUAGCACCAAUUCAAAAGAAUCAAUUCCUACAGAUGAAGAAGAUAAUGAAGAUGGUGGUGAGGAUGAUAAUGAUGAUGAUGAAAUUUUUAAUGAAGAAGAAGAAGAAGAAGAAGAAGAUGACGAUGAAGAUAGAAUAGAAUCAGAUGAUGAUUAUAUUGAUAGUGAAGAAGAACGUGUUGUACGUAUGAAAGAUGAUCCUGAUGAUUUUGCUUAUCAACCUGGAAAGAAAACACCAAAGAAACGAUCAUCAGUUAAACGUUCACGAAGUACAAGUUCUCAUAAAAGAAAACGAGGUCCUUCAACGACAAGACGUGGUCGUAAAAAAGCAAACGUAAAGCCUAUUGAAAAAACUGAACAAGAAGAUUUACCUGCGCCUGUUGAAACCAUGGAACAAAAUGAAGACGAAAGUGACAAAAUAAAAGAAGAUGAUUCUACUACUGAACCUAAAACUACAAACAUAUCAGAAGAACAUGACACAACGAUAAAUAAUAUAACCUCAGAUAUAACUCCAUUAACAAGUUAG